CGAAGCACGAGUCGCGAAGAUGGCUCAAACUUCAACUUAGUGAAUUACUAAUAGAAUGACACUAUCCCGUCGAUUACUGGGCUGAAACUUAUCCGGCCUAAAUUCUACUACCCUUACCAAGAAGAGCAUAGAAUACAGUAGGGAUAUAACGGGAUUAAGGGAGCUGACGUCAUGGAAGCGUCGAAUAGUCAGACCUAGACUAGGAGAUCCCACUGACGCGCCCACACGGACUGACCCAGUAUUACGUGAUCUAGUAUAUGAUGAUGCUAUUAUGUUACAAAAGGCUCUUGAAGGCGCCUUUGAUAUGUUACGAUCCCAAGUAGUCAGGACGAAGUUUGUGGACAAUGCCGGGACUCGCACAGAUUCUCUCUCGGCCAACGGCCAAACCAUAUCGCACCCGCGAUCUGGAGAAGAGUGAUAAACCAUACUUGAACGAAAAGGGACAUGUUGACUUCGCUCUCGAUGACAUCGAGAAUCCCCACAACUGGUCUACGGCUCGAAGAUGGUAUGUCACGUUUGCUUCUGUGAUGUUGGUCGUGAACGCGACAUUCGCAUCGUCAGCUCCUUCAGGAUGCUUUCCCAGCAUUGCGGAGGAGUUCGGGAUAUCCGAAGAAGCCGCCGGACUUACAAUCACCCUCUUUCUGCUUGGCUACUGUGCCGGGCCAUUAUUCUUCGCUCCAUUGUCUGAGUUCUUUGGCCGACGUUGGAUCUUUUACAUAACGUUUUUCGUAUAUAUCGCUUUCAAUUUCCUAUGCGCCUUCGCCCCGAACUUCGGCAGCCUGCUUGUUGGUCGGUUUCUGACAGGCACCGCUGUCAGUGCACCUCUCAGCAAUGCCCCAGGUGUUCUUGCCGAUCUUUGGGGGCCUGUUGAGCGUGGAAAUGCGAUGGCCGUUUUCUCGAUGAUGGUCUGGGUAGGACCUGCUCUUGGCCCGGUCGUUGCGGGCUUCUUGGAACUAACCAAGAAUUGGCGGUGGAGUUUCUACGUUCUUUUGUGGCUGGCUGGCGGCACUUCAAUCAUCAUGUUUACCAUCCCAGAAACAUUCGGACCAGCGAUCCUCGUCCAAAGGGCCAAACGCAUCAGGAAGUCCAAGAUCCCCGGUUAUGAGAAUAUCAAAGCUCCCGUCGAAGAUAAUGACCGCUCGCUUGCAUCCUUGUACAAGAUAGCAUUGACUCGACCUUGGAUUAUCCUGUUUGAUCCCAUCUCAUUCCUAAUCGCCGUAUACAUGUCAAUCGUCUACACACUCUUAUACAUGCUGUUCUCGAUAUAUCCCAUUGUUUUCCAGCAAAAACGGGGAUGGAAUGCUGGAGUUGGAGAGCUGCCCUUGAUCGGCACCGUCAUCGGAGCGGUUAUCGGAGCGGCAAUUGUCGUGAUGGACUCAAAACACAAGGCAAAGAAGCUUCAGAACGGUCAAGAACUCACACCAGAAGACCGCUUGCCACUUGCUAUGAUCGGCGGUGUGGGAUUUGCGGUUACGAUGUUCUGGUUCGCAUGGACCGCGGAGUACAACUCUAUCCACUGGAUAGUUCCAACGAUUGCUGGCGUAUUCCUGGCAACUUCAUUGAUGCUCAUAUUCGUUGGCUUCUUGAACUAUCUCGUCGACGCUUACCUCAUGUAUGCAGCCUCGGCAAUCGCAGCGAACACCGUGGCACGUUCUGCCUGUGGUGCUUCUGCGCCUCUUUUCACGGGCUACAUGUUCGACGCUCUUGGCGUCGGCGGAGGAGGCUCUCUUAUUGGCGGUGUAGCUACGCUCUUGGCCGUCAUUCCCUUCGCGUUCUACAAGUAUGGUGCAGGGAUCCGCCGUCGCUCUAAGUUUGCUCCGACACAGGACUCACACGACAACAACAAUGAUGAUGAAGAGCAACAGCGUCGCAGCCCGCGAGACUCCGCAACCAGGGUAUCAUCGGAGUCGUCCUCCUCUCAUACGACGGCUAUAGGAGACGAACCACAGCCGAGAGAAAAGCGCAGGGCGAGUGUUGAUGGUGUGCAGAACACCUUGGGCGAACAGCGUGGGGAGAAUAAUCGGUCCGGAGAAGAAGUUAGUCAGUAUGAUUAGAGUAGUAUCUUUGAAUGUGAGGCCUUACCUACAUAAUUGGUAACUUCAUUCCAACGGUCGGGUGUAAUAAAUUUGCUUUCGAAAAAGAAAA